AUGGUUUUCUAUUUUGUGACAACGGAAUUAGCACCUGGUUCUCUGUUGCAACGGUUUGUCGAUGGGGAUGAUGAGUUUCGUAAUAGUAGGCUGAAGCUCAUUCCAUCAGUUCCCAAGGGCUCAUGGAUUGUGCGCCAGAGUGUCGGAAGCACCCCUUGUUUAUUGGGAAAAGCUGUUGAUUGCAACUAUAUCCGUGGUGCGAAGUACCUAGAAAUUGAUGUUGACAUUGGUUCUUCUACCGUGGCUAAUGGAGUUUUGGGGCUUGUAAUUGGUGUAAUUACUUCUCUAGUAGUUGACAUGGCAUUUCUUGUACAGGCAAACACGACAGAUGAGUUGCCGGAGCGAUUGAUAGGCGCCGUCCGUGUUUCUCAUAUAGAGCUGUCAUCUGCUAUAGUCCCAAAGCUGGACCCAGAGUUAUUAGAGUGAGUUGCAGCAUAAAUUUCGUUAAUCAUAUAAACGGCUAUUUGCUCACAUGUGUUUGUGUUACGUUCAUUCUUAGUUCUCAUUCAUUUUACUUGCAUACUGUAAAGAAGUCGUCAAUGUUUUAAUCAAUUUUUUUUUUUGCAUUAGAAAAUCGUCGAUGGCAUUUUUUUUGUGUGUAACGUACCGGUUCGACGAUUAGCAAGAUGCUGUUUUCCUUCUUCUUUUAAAAUCCUGCAUGAAUGAAAAUAACAGCAGACUGAAGGGG